UGCGCGUCACUGCAGCGACAAUUUUUUUCAUAGGUGCAGCAGGGUGUAUCGCGUAAGACGGUGGCUUCUUCGUCGAGCGAAAAAAAAGAAGAAUCUUUGAGGUGGUUCUUCUUCAGCUCCCCGUAAAAGGGCCAAGAAAAACAUCGUGUGAAGGAUACGUUUUACGGAAAUGCCAAGUUCUUAAGCCUCUAAGGAAAAUUGUGAUAUGGGACGAAGAAGCCACCCAACCAUAUCAUUACGAAAUCAGUACGUUGAAUAAAGCAAUAUGUUGACUAAUACAACAAAACAUGUGCUGCACUGUUGUCUUCUGGCAACAGUUAUUCUAGUCUUUGAGCUAGUUUCUGGAGGUAUUUGUUGGGGUACAGCACAAUCAAGAACCUUUGACCCCUGGGCAAGAUAUGGCUUUGUAGGUGCUUUCACACUCUAUCUUCUACGUAUACUUGCCUUUUUGUCAUUCCCACAAGUGCUCUUUAACUUUGUGGGUCUUACAAUUUACAAUGCAUUCCCAGACAAAGUCAUACUUAAAGGCUCACCAUUGCUUGCUCCGUUUAUAUGCAUAAGGAUCGUCACUCGCGGAGAUUAUCCGCAAUUGGUGCGCACGAACGUUGCUAGAAACUUGAACAAAUGUGUGGAAGCUGGUUUAGAGAAUUUCCAGAUAGAAGUAAUAAGCGAUAAACCAAUUGGACUGGUCAAUCACAGAAGAAUACGCGAGUUGGUGGUACCACCUACAUACAAAACGAGCUCUGGUGCACUUUUUAAGGCCAGGGCUCUUCAGUACUGUCUGGAGAGUACCGUAAAUGAAUUGGCCGAUCAUGACUGGAUAGUUCACCUCGACGAAGAAACGAUUCUCACUGAGAAUUCCAUCCGUGGCAUUUUAAAUUUUGUAUUAGAUGGGAAACAUCAAUUUGGACAGGGACUUAUAACAUACGCUAAUGAAGAAAUUAUUAAUUGGAUGACAACACUUGCCGAUUCCUUCAGAGUAGCCGACGACAUGGGAAAGCUAAGAUUGCAAUUCACACUGUUCCACAAGCCGUUGUUUAGUAUGAAGGGAUCAUACGUCGUCACGCAGAUGGGAGCCGAGAGGCAAGUCUCCUUUAAUAACGGCCCAGAUGGAUCAGUUGCCGAGGAUUGCUUCUUUGCAAUGAAGGCUUUCUCGGAAGGCUACACGUUUAAUUUCGUCGACGGUGAAAUGUGGGAGAAGUCGCCAUUUACUCUCUGGGAUUUCAUGCAGCAACGCAAGAGAUGGCUUCAAGGAAUUCUAUUGGUGGUGCACAGUAAGGCUAUUCCACUUAAGAAGAAAUUACUACUUGGCAUCUCAUGCUAUUCAUGGGUUACAUUGCCACUCUCAACGUCUAAUGUCAUUCUCGCGGGUCUCUGUCCCAUACCAUGUCCGCCUCUUGUGGAUUUUCUUUGUGCCUUCAUUGGAGCCGUCAACAUUUACAUGUACGUAUUUGGCGUUGUCAAAUCCUUCUCACUUUAUCGUGUUGGGUUCCUGCGAUUCGUCCUUUGCAUUUGCGGCGCUGUGUCGACUAUACCAAUUAAUCUGAUUAUCGAGAACAUCGCUGUCAUUUGGGGCCUUUUCGGUAAAAAACAUAAAUUCUAUGUUGUCAACAAGGAUUAUCGACCUCCUGUUACAGUAUGAUCCUGUCAUGAGUCAUUUAUUGAAUCCUUCAAGAGAAUCACAGUCUAUCGAAGAUCUUAUAAUUUAUUAACUAAAGAGGGAGUCAAGUUAUUAUUAUCUCGCUAAUUGUUUCGACCUAUGUUCGGAAAUUUUCUGUAUUUUCGUGAUAUUAGUACAUUUCAAUUUUAUUAAUUGCUGCCCGUCCAUUCUUUUUACGAGAGGUUCAUGUGAACACGCUAUCAUCGACAGAAGAGUCCAAAAUGUUAUUUAAACAAUUUUAUAAUAAUUCUUUUAUGCUCACUAUGCUGACAACAUUAGAUAGAAUUUCGCAGAUGAUUUGUAAAAGCAUCUGAUGGAUGGUUUCUCUGAAGAAAUGUUUCAGUGCUUGACUAAUACCCGUAAUGCUAAGCAAUUAGGGAUAAUAAUAUUUAGAUAAUUAAUACCGAUACUAAUCUGAUAUUAUCAUCUAUAAUCGGUCCACGAGUUCAAUGUAUUUUUUUUAAUGUUCGCAAACAAUGCAUUCUUAAGCAAACCACACGUGGUUUCCCAUAAAAUCAUGAUAAUAUACUUAUUCUAAAUAGGAAAAUGAAUUAUAUUUCAGUGGUUUGUAAAAAAAAAGAUAUAUGCAGAAGUCACAUGUGGCUUGCUAGAGACUUCAUUGUUUUCGGUCUGUCAAAAAAAAAAUAGGCCAAGCCAGAUUUUUAUUUAUAGGCAAAUUGAAGGCGUUAUUAAUCUUUCAAACGCUAACAAAGCUGAUUAGUUAUCAUAAACUAAAAUUUAAAUAAUUUCAUUUUGUCUUGAAUUUUGCACGAAUAACCAUGAAGGAGAGUAAGUAGAUCGCGAUUGAAAUUCUAUAUUUCUCAAGAAACGCUCAACUGAAAGCCUGGGAGAUCUCUUAACCAAAAAUAAUAGCGAUGUAAAAUUAUUUAUUAUUGAAAGUAUUUCUUCGCCCCAAGGCAGACCAAAAAGAGGAGUGUAAAAUUUUCAAUAAUAAGUAGAAAUUAAUAAUGCAUUAACAUAAGACUUGUAGCAAAAGAGGAAUACAGGGGUAUAUAGAAUUGAAAUUACGGAAGAAAGAAAACAGUAGUCGCUGAAGUAUUAUUCGAUUAGGCAAAGCGAUUUUUGAAAAUAAUGAAAUAAUAAUAUAAUUCUAAUUAAACCAAGGCAUAAUUGAAGUCAUGAAGGAUAAUUUAAUUCUAAUUAUCCUUUAGAGGACGGUCUGAUUUUUUAACGAGUUCAACUGUUUUUGAUUCGCAGCUUUAAUACAUAUGCUGAAGCGAUAUUAUUAAAAAAUAUGAGAUCCACAUAGCGCCGAAAAUUGGCUUUAUGGCUUCUAGUGGUUAACCAAGGCAUAUCUAAAAUCAUGAAGCAUAAUAUAAUUGUAAUUAAUCUAGGCAUAUCAUUGAAGGAAGCUUGUUGGUCUGACUUAAAGAAAGCAAUGGAAAAAGAGAUGAUAUAGAUUCUCGCUCAUAUCAUUUCUGUUUAGAAAUCACUCAUCGAAUCUUUCUUAGGAAUCUCCUUUAGAUUAGUGGUUUGCUUAUUCACCGAAGAUACUUGAUAAUUAAUUGUUAAAAUACGGAGAGCAUGAAAAUCGACUGUGACAAGAAGUAUCAAGAGACUUGGAUGAGUUUUUAUUCUUAAACUAAGCAAUCACCCGCGAGUUUUUAAAGAUAAUUAUUAAUAUAAAUUAUUUCUUUACUUAACACACUUUGUCAUUAAUUAAGAAUGGUUUUAAAGGAAAAGCUUCAUGGUGCUAGUCAUCGUUUACAAUACAUUCGCAAUAACAAACGAAGUUUAAUAGAUCGUUUAUAUGUGAUGGCUACGUUCAAGAUCUUUCAAUACAGUAUUUUGGCGAUAGUAGUAUAGAAUAUAUUGAAUAUGUUCUUAGUAUGUACUUAGUAUGUACUUACAAUUAGAAUAUAUUUGCAGUAUUAGACGGUAAUCUCAAAAAUUCUCAAUGUAGCUCAAAAAUUGAGUACCGUGGCUCAAGAAUCUCAUAAAAUUGAGUUUAAAAGAUUUUUUAAAUUUUCCUUUACAUCUGCAAGGUGAAGAUCAGCGAAAACGAUUAUGUGAAUGAUGAACAAUAUUAAGCAGGAAACUGAAAUUAAAGGAAAAAGGCUUCGACAAGUUCUUUCGGUAUUGUUACAUUUUAGCGUUCAUCUAUUAACACUGAUUAACAAAUUCGUUCAUUUUCAUUCAUAAUAUUUUCUGGUCGUAUACUGAAAGCAUUUUGAGCGUAAAUAUUUCGUAUCUUGUUUCGGUAUAUGUUUGCGUUACAUUUGCAUUAACUGUUAACAUCACACAUGUAAUUGUGCUCAGUGAUAUAAACAAUAACAGUAUUCCUAGAGGCAAUAACUGCCAAAAAUUGAUUGGCUUUAUAUCAGACAUAUCCAAUGUUACAAUUUAUGUAUAUUAAGAGUGGACUAUUCAUAAGUGAUCAGAUUGUAAAACGUCAAUGGUAUAAGAGUAAAAACAUAAAGGGAUAAUUGGAGA